ACAGCCUGGGACUGGAAAUUCUUUGCAGAGCAGCCACCCCGGUUGAAAGAUGGCUUUGUUUUGUGCCCAACUUCUCCGAAGAUUUUCCCCGGCUGAGUGGCUUCGUGGAGCGCUGCCCAUGUGAGAGUGUCACUUAGCAACGGGGGUCGCUGCACCCCAUUCUCCAGCGGUCAGGUCCUCAUCAAUUCCUGGCCUCCCUCGCGGCAGCUUCCCCCGCAGCCAAGUCAGCGUGCGGCGGAGGGAGGGACCGAGCCCGGCGAAGUUUAAUCAUUGAGCCAGGCGGCGGCGGCUAUUUAGUCGGCAGCAAGCGGCUCCCGGCCCAUUCUGGAAGCAGGCACUGGGACUAAACACUGCGCGUCUGGGAGAAAGCAAACUUGGGGAACAAAUAUGUUUGCCGUACACUUGAUGGCGUUUUACUUCUCCAAGCUGAAGGAGGAUCAGAUCAAGAAGGUGGACAGGUUCCUGUAUCACCUGCGGCUCUCAGAUGAGACCCUGCUGGACGUCAUGGCGCGCUUCCGGGCGGAGAUGGAGAAAGGCCUGGCCAGGGACACCAACCCCACGGCCUCGGUGAAGAUGCUGCCCACCUUCGUCAGGGCCAUUCCAGAUGGCUCGGAAAAUGGGGAGUUCCUGUCCCUGGAUCUUGGAGGAUCCAAGUUUCGAGUCUUGAAGGUGAAAGUCUCAGAAGAGGGAAAGCGGAACGUCCACAUGGAGAGUCAGUUCUACCCGACGCCCAAUGAAAUCACCCGGGGCAAUGGCACAGAGCUAUUCGAUUACAUAGCUGACUGCCUGGCAGAUUUCAUGAAGACCAAAGAGCUGACGCACAAGAAACUGCCCCUUGGCUUCACCUUCUCUUUCCCCUGCAGACAGACCAAGUUGGAGGAGGGCGUUCUGCUUUCAUGGACCAAGAAGUUUAAGGCGCGGGGAGUUCAAGACACAGAUGUGGUGAGCCGUCUGCGAAACGCCAUGCAAAGACACGAGGACCUGGACGUGGACAUCCUGGCCUUGGUCAACGACACCGUGGGGACCAUGAUGACAUGUGCCUAUGAUGAUCCUUACUGCGAAGUCGGUGUCAUCAUUGGCACUGGCACCAACGCGUGUUACAUGGAGGACAUGAGCAACAUCGACCUGGUGGAGGGCGACGAGGGGCGGAUGUGCAUCAACACGGAGUGGGGGGCCUUCGGGGACGACGGCGCCCUGGAGGACAUCCGCACCGAGUUUGACAGGGAGCUGGACCUCGGCUCGCUCAACCCUGGAAAGCAGCUGUUCGAGAAGAUGAUCAGUGGCCUGUACAUGGGGGAGCUGGUCAGGCUCAUCCUGCUGAAGAUGGCCAAGGCUGGCCUCCUGUUUGGGGGCAAGAAAUCCUCUGCUCUCCACACCAAGGGCAAGAUCGACACCCAACACGUGGCUGCCAUGGAGAAGACUAAAGAAGGCCUUGCUAAUACCCGAGAGAUCCUGGUGGAUCUGGGCCUGGAUCCCUCCGAGGCUGACUGCAUCGCCGUCCAGCACGUCUGCACCAUCGUGUCCUUCCGCUCGGCCAAUCUCUGUGCCGCAGCUCUGGCGGCCAUCCUGACGCGCCUCCGAGAGAAUAGGAAACUGGAGAGGCUCCGGACCACAGUGGGCAUGGAUGGAACACUCUACAAGAUACACCCUCAGUACCCCAAACGCCUGCACAAGGUGGUGAGGAAACUGGUCCCAAACUGCGAUGUGCGCUUCCUCCUGUCUGAGAGUGGCAGUGCCAAGGGGGCUGCCAUGGUGACCGCAGUGGCCUCCCGCGUGCAGACCCAGCGAAAGCAGAUUGACCAGGUGCUAGCCUUGUUCCAGAUGACUCGAGAGCGACUGGUGAGGGUGCGGGACAAGAUGCGGGCUGAGCUCGAGUAUGGACUCAAGAGGAAGACCCACGCCCUGGCCACGGUCAAGAUGCUCCCUACCUAUGUCUGCGGGAUGCCUGAUGGCACAGAGAAAGGCAAGUUUCUUGCCCUGGAUUUGGGAGGCACUAACUUCCGAGUCCUCCUGGUGAAGAUCAGAAGCGGACGGAGGUCGGUGCGGAUGUACAACAAGAUCUUCGCCAUCCCCCUGGAGAUCAUGCAGGGCACUGGGGAGGAGCUGUAUGACCACAUCGUGCAGUGCAUUGCCGACUUCCUGGAGUACAUGGGCCUCAAGGGCGCCCAGCUGCCUUUGGGCUUUACCUUCUCCUUUCCCUGCGAUCAGACGAGCAUCGACAAGGGACGGCUCAUAAGGUGGACCAAAGGCUUCAAGGCCACUGAAUGUGAAGGGGAAGACGUGGUGGACAUGCUCAGGGAAGCCAUCAAGAGGAGAAAUGAGUUUGACCUGGACAUCGUUGCAGUAGUGAAUGACACGGUGGGCACUAUGAUGACCUGUGGCUAUGAAGACCCUAACUGUGAGGUCGGCUUGAUCGCAGGGACAGGAAGCAACGUGUGCUACAUGGAGGAGAUGAGGAACAUCGAGCUGGUGGAUGGGGACGAGGGGAAGAUGUGCAUCAACACGGAGUGGGGAGGGUUUGGAGAUAACGGCUGCAUAGACGAUAUCCGCACGCAGUAUGACGAGGAGGUGGACGAGGGCUCCUUGAAUCCUGGCAAGCAGAGGUAUGAGAAAAUGACCAGUGGGAUGUACCUGGGGGAGAUUGUGCGGCAGAUCCUGAUCGACCUCACCAGGCAGGGGUUCCUCUUCCGAGGCCAGAUUUCAGAGCGCCUCCGGACCAGGGCUAUCUUUGAAACCAAGUUCCUGUCUCAGAUUGAAAGCGACCGGCUGGCCCUGCUGCAGGUCAGGAGGAUCCUGCAGCAGCUGGGCCUGGACAGCACGUGCGAAGACAGCAUCGUGGUGAAAGAGGUGUGCGGAGCCGUGUCCCGGCGGGCAGCCCAGCUUUGCGGCGCAGGCCUGGCCGCCAUCGUGGAAAAAAGGCGGGAGGACCAGGGCCUGGAGCACCUGAAGAUCACCGUGGGUGUGGACGGCACCCUGUACAAGCUGCACCCUCACUUUUCUCGGAUACUGCAGGAGACGGUGAAAGAGCUUGCCCCCAAGUGCGAUGUGACUUUCAUGCUGUCAGAGGACGGCAGCGGCAAGGGAGCGGCUCUAAUCACGGCUGUGGCCAAGAGGUUACAGCAAACACAGAAGGAGAACUAGGGGUCCCUGCUGGGCCCGAUGCACUGCCAGUGCCAACCAGCCCUCUCUGCCCACCCGUGGGCCAGGGACCAGCAAGGAGCUCCUGCCUGCUCUCCCUCGUCCGUGGCUGAACGAGAACCUCAGGUUUCCCGGGGUACUUUUAGCGUCUUGUUACUGGUUUUGCAAUGAUACUCAUCAGCAACCCCUAUUUGGAAUAUUUGGGACAAAGACGGGCCAACGUUUGAAAUCAAAGUAUCUGGCCUGAGGGAUCACUUUUUGGUAACAAUUUCUAGUUGAGGCCUGAUUUUCUCAGAUCUUCGUGGCUUUGGGUCCCGUGGCUAGUAGACCCAGAACUGUACACAGAAUUUGCCCAGGCAGCUGGCUCAACUCCUCCCUAGGAUAUUGAAAGCUAUCUCUGCCAGUAGACUGGACCCUAGGCUGAUGGACGCACCUCUGAGAGGGAGAGGCUACUGUGAUGAACUGGGAGGGGGGGGGUCAAAUGUAACUUGGCCUAACUUGUGUUAUCUCUGGGCGUGGGCAGCUCAGAACACAGAGGUGCUGACAUCUUUCUCCAUCUCAGGGACUGUGUGAGGCCCCCGGGUUUCAUUCCUUAGCAGGUGCGUGUCGCGGGUGGCUCACGACUGCAGCAUCUGUGAUGCGUUUUGUGCUGUGAGUCAUUUCAAGGGCUGUGAGGUAUAUGACAUCCAGCCAAUGAAUUAAACAUAUCUGGUUUCCCACAGAA